AUGGCAUCCACAGCAAUCGACUCUGCAAUAUUCCGCGACAUCUUCAGCUCGGAGGCGAUGCGCCGGGUCUUCACGGACGAGCACCGUUUGCAAUGUUACCUUGAUAUUGAGGCGGCACUGGCGCAAGUGCAGGCCAAAAUUGGUCUCAUUCCCCAACACGCUGCCAAUGAGAUCGCAGCCAAGUGCACACUCGACAGUAAUGAUAUGGCGAAGCUGAAGAUCCAAACGGAGUUGAUCGGCUAUCCCGUCCUGCCAGUAGUCCAGCAGCUGGAUAUCACCGAUACGGCCACCAUCAUGCAGAUCCGAGAGGCACUCGCUCUAGUCGAGCAGGACCUGAAAGCAAUACAACCUACAGUAGGCGAGUUUGGCGGUGCUGCUGGUACGCUCGCUUCGCUGGGCGACGCUGGACUCAGAGUUCAAGAAGGGCUAAUGGCGGAACUCGGAUUGGGCCAACCAGAAAUUGCCUGGCACACCGCACGCGACCGCAUUGCAGAGGUCGGCUGCUUCUUGGGACUGGUUACCGGGACUCUGGGCAAGAUUGCGACAGAUAUGAAGCUGCUAAUGCAAACCGAGGUCUGUAAGGCCUUCGAGCCCUACACUAAAGAUCGCGGCUCCAGCAGCACCAUGCCGCAGAAGCGUAAUCCGAUAUCCUGCAACUACAUCCACGCCUGCACGGUUAUGGUACGCCAACUGGUGGCGGCCCUUCUGGACGCCAUGGUCGAGGAUCACGAGCGCUCCACCGGCCCCUGGGAAUCUGAAUGGAUUGCCGUGCCCGAGAUCUUCUUGUUGAGCUCUGGUUCCUUGCAGCAGGCACAGGCGCUCCUCACGGGCCUGGAGGUGGACACCACACGCAUGCGUUCCAAUUUGGACAUCACCAAUGGUCUAAUCUGUGCUGAAGCCGUGAUGAUGGGACUGGCACCUCAUCUCGACCGGCAGCGAGCCCAUAACCUGGUAUAUAAAAUCAGCCGACGAGCCAUCGUCAGCGGACGGCCAUUGCUCGAUCUGUUGAUGGAGACACAGGAGAUUUCUUCUGUCCUGGACCGAGCCGUUCCGGAAAAGCUGCUCGAUCCUGCCAGAUACCUUGGUCUAUCUGGCGAAAUGAUCGAUCGAGUCCUGGGAUCAUACUAA